AUGGGUUCCACCGCGUCAUUCCGUGGCUCCAAUUAUGGAUCACAGAUAGGGGCCAACUACGAUCUUGACGACAAGUUAUCUCCUGUGUCUGGGGCUGCGUUCGACUCAUACGUAGAUCAACAUGAAGAUCAGUGUCUUCCAGGCACAAGAACGGAUCUCCUCUCCCAGAUCAGCGAAUGGGCUUCGUCACCACAGGGCAGAUGCAUAUUCUGGCUGAAUGGAAUAGCAGGAACCGGAAAAUCGACCAUCUCUCGAACCGUGGCAAAAUCAUUCAGCCUAUCUCAAUCACUUGGAGCGAGCUUUUUCUUCAAGAGAGGCGAAGGGGAUCGAGGGAACGCAAGAAAACUUUUCCCGACAAUCGCAAGGCAACUGGCUAUCAACAUUCCUGAGAUCGCCCUAGUCCUCCAGGAAACAGUCCGCGAGAACCCAGGUAUCAUAACAAAGACAAUGCGGGAACAAUUCGAAAAACUCCUUCUUCAGCCACUCCACAGCCUCGACCGAUCUAAAAUCCCUACCCAGGCCACGGUGAUAGUGAUCGACGCAUUAGAUGAAUGUGAGGGAGAUGGGGACAUUCGGCUUAUACUCCAACUUCUCCCACAGCUACAAAAUUUACCUGCUAUACGUCUACGUGUGUUUUUGACUAGCAGGCCUGAUCUCCCGAUUCGUCUGGGGUUUUUGAAGAUUGCGGACGAUGACUAUAGAGACUUUGUUCUCCAUGACAUCCCUCUCGAGGUGAUCAAGCAUGAUAUAUCGUUGUUCUUUGAUUACCGAUUGAAGGAGAUUAGAACAGAACGCUCCCUACCAACAAACUGGCCUGGUGACGGAGAUCUACAAAAGCUAGUGGCAUUAUCUGUUCCGUUGUUCAUUUUCGCAGCCACGAUCUGUCGUAUAUUUGACGACCCGGUUUGGGACCCUAGGGAUAGUCUCACAGAGAUCCUUACAUGUCAAUAUGACCAAUCGAAGCUAGACCAGACGUACCUUCCGGUUCUUAAGCGUCUUAUUAACACAAAACACGAGAAGUACAAAGCAAAGCUGGUAUCGGAGUUCCGGCAGGUAAUUGGAGCCAUCAUGAUACUAGAGAGCCCACUCUCUGUUGCCUCGCUUUCGAGGCUUCUAGGUAUCAAGGAGAGGCUUAUUCAUCUUCGACUAGAUCCACUACACUCCGUGCUAAGAGUGCCAGAUAAUGAAACGGUACCUCGGUUUAUUCUGAAAAACUACCAGAUUAUUGAUCUAGCGCCCCUUCAAGUUUAUUGUGCAGGCCUUAUAUUUGCACCCCAGACAGCAAUAAUCCGUGCACAGUUCAAACGAGAGAAUCCAACUUGGAUAUGCCAGUUACCACGAGUCGUGGAAGGAUGGGAUGCAGAACUACAGAUACUCGAAGGCCAUUCGGGUUGGGUUCAGUCGGUGGCCUUCUCGCCUGACGACCGGCUGCUGGCCUCCGGCUCUCACGAUAACACAGUGCGGCUCUGGGACCCAGCGACCGGCGUGCUCGUCCAGACGCUAGAAGGCCAUUCGCACUCGGUUUUGUCGGCGACCUUCUCACCCGACGGGCAGCUGCUGGCGUCUGGGUCGCAGGAUAACACAAUACGGCUCUGGGACCCGGCGACGGGCGAGCUCACCCAGAUGCUCGAAGACCAUUCAGAUUCGGUUUGGUCGGUGGCUUUUUCGCCUGACGGCCAGCUACUAGCGUCCGGAUCUAGCGAUAACACAGUCCGGCUCUGGGACCCAGCGAUAGGCGUGCCCACCCAGAUGCUCGAAGGCCAUUCGGAUUCGGUUCAGUCGGUGGCCUUUUCGCCUGACGGUCGCCUGCUGGCGUCUGGCUCUCGCGAUAAAACUGUGCGGCUCUGGGACCCGGCGACAGGCGCAUUCACACAGACGCUUGAAGGCCAUUCAGAUUCGGUUCAGUCGGUGGCCUUUUCGCCUGACGGUCGCCUGCUGGCGUCUGGCUCUUGCGAUAACACUGUGCGGCUCUGGGACCCGGCGACAGGCACACUCACCCGGAUGCUUGAUGGCCAUCCGGAUUCGGUUUGGUCGGUGGCCUUCUCGCUCGACGGCCGGCUAUUAGCGUCCGGAUCUAGCAAUAAUACAGUACAGCUCUGGGACCCAGCGACAGGUGAGCUCACCCAGAUGCUCGAAGGCCAUUCCAAUUUAGUUCAGUCAGUGGCAUUUUCGCUCGACGGCCAGCUGUUAGCAUCCGGCUCUGGUGAUAGCACAGUACGGCUCUGGGACCCGGCGACAGGCGCGUUCACACAUACGCUCGAAGGUCAUUCGGAUUCGGUUUGGUCAGUGGCCUUCUCACCCGAUGGCCGGCUACUAGCGUCUGGCUCCAUCGAUAAUACUGUGCGGCUCUGGGACCCGGCGACAGGCGCGUUCACACAUACGCUCGAAGGCCAUUCGGAUUCGGUUUUGUCGGUAGCCUUCUCACCCGACGGCCGGCUACUGGCGUCCGGUUCCAUGGAUGACACAGUCCGGCUCUGGGACCCAGCGACAGGCGCGCUCAAACAGACUCUUGAAGGCCAUUCGGAUUCUGUUUGGUCCGUUGCCUUCUCACCGGACAGCCGGCUGCUGGCGUCCGGCUCCAUCGAUAACACUGUGCGGCUCUGGGACCCGAUGAUAGGCGCCCUCACACAAACUUGGGAUGUUGGGAAAAUGGUCCUCACAGUAAAGUUUUCCUCCGACGGUUUAUCUAUCCACUCCAAUGCUCGCAUUCUUGAUAUCCAAUCCAGGAACAUUCCUUCGCCUCACACGCCUGACCCGCCCCAUCCGAAGAUCGGUAUUUCUAUUGAGCAUGGGAAAUGGAUAGGCCUGAAUGGUGAAAAGAUUCUCUGGCUUCCUGUCGAGUCACGGCCAACUUGUUUCGAGAUCAAUGGUGAUACACUCGCCCUGGGACACGCAUCAGGGCGGGUUUCCUUCAUCAGGUUUUGUACAUAG